CCAGAAAGUUCGUUGGCUUCCUCUAUCUCCAUGGCCCCGUCUCCAUUAUUUCACCUCUUCUACUCUUCUUUCACUGCAAAGAGCGAUGAUGAUGCUAUGGGUAGCAAUACUGACUGCCUGCUCUACCUAUUUUCAAUCAUCUCUUGACCUUAUCCCCUGUCGACUUAUUCAUACGACAAAGACCAGGUCGCAGGCAGUAUUAUGAAGGCUGAGUGAAAAACGAGUACCGGGGGACUUGCCUGGUCCUUCGGCGGCCGGAAGGCCGAAUGCCGGCCCCGGGCCGUUGUUAUCAGCUUUGCCGCCCGUCCAUUCAGUCAUAAAUGUCCGAUCUCAUGAUCUCCUGGUGCUUUUUUCUUUAUAUUGCGGGAGAUCAUCGGCCCGAUACACUCUUGCCCAUCAUGCCUUGUUAUAUAACAUCCCAUCUCAAGUGGAGGUGACGCUUUUUCUUCUCGAGUAGUAUCAGUGAUCAGCGAAGACAUCAUGACUGCAGUCAACAGUAAUCAAGGAACAGGCAAGCUUUCUGGAAGGGUCGGCAUCGUUGGUACGGGCCAUCGAGCCAGGCUCUAUACGACAGCAGUGGCCAGUCGUGCAAACACCAGUCUAGUAGCGCUUUGUGAUACCAACGAUGCACGAAUGGAUUGGCAUAACAAGAUGCUUCGAGAAGCCGGCAGGCCCGAAGCCAAGAAAUAUGCUGCUGAGGAUUUUCGAAAGAUGCUCGAGCAAGAGAAACUUGAUGUGCUGGUAGUGACAACGAUUGAUUACACGCAUGACAUGUACAUCAUCCCCGCGCUGAAAGCCGGUAUCAAAGUCCUCAGUGAAAAGCCCAUGACGACGAACGUGGAUAAAUGCAAAGCCAUUCUCAACGCUGUCAACGAAUCCAAGGGGUCCCUCACUGUCUUGUUCAAUUACCGAUACAACCCCAUUCAUUGGAAAGUGGCUGAAGUUAUCGCUAAAGGAGAGAUCGGAGAGGUUAAAUCUGUUCACUUUGAGUGGUUACUUGACACCGUUCACGGUGCAGACUACUUCCGUCGCUGGCACAGAUAUAAGGACCGUUCUGGAGGCCUUAUGAUCCACAAAUCAUCCCACCACUUUGAUCUCGUCAACUUUUGGAUCCAGUCCGUCCCCCAAUCAGUGUUUGGCAUGGGCUCUCUUGCGUUUUAUGGCAAGGAGAACGGUAAGAAGUCAGGGUGGGGAAAGAACUACGAGCGGGCAAGGGACGCGAAGGAGGCCGAGAAUGAUCCGUUUGCGAUCCAUUUGGGGGACGAAGAGGGUUUGAAGGGGCUUUAUUUCGAUGCGGAGCAUAUCGACGGGUAUCACAGAGAUAUGAACGUCUUUGCAGAUGAUAUCACAAUUGAAGAUGACAUGUCGGUCCUCGUACACUACGAAUCUGGAGUUAACAUGACCUACCACCUCACUGCUUACUCUCCAUGGGAAGGUUACAGAGUAAUGUUCAACGGAACCCAUGGCCGCCUUGAGCUCGAAGUCGUCGAAAACGCCUUCCGUCUCCCUAUCCCUAAAGGCUCUAACAAUGCAUCUGAACACGUACAUGGCGAUAGCGCCCUACCCAACGAAGGUCAUUCCAAAAUCACCUUGCAUAAACUCUGGCAACAGCCAGUUAACGUGCCUUAUCAGGAGGCUAAGGGUGGACACGGUGGAGGUGAUGAAGCUAUGUUGGAUGAAAUUUUUGGUCCGAAGGAAGGAGAGGAGGAGAGGAAGUGUCCUGUGAAUGGAUUGUCGGCUGACCAGAAGGAUGGGGCUCUCGCCAUGGCUGUCGGGUUAGCGGCGAAUGAAAGUUUUAAAAAUGGGAAGCAAGUGUUCAUUAAGGAGUUACUUGGUGGUACUUUGUGAGGGGGUAGGUCAAAUCUUGUAUAAGAUGC